AUGCCGUCUGACUUCAUACCGAUAAGGAAAAAAGAAAAUGAGAGCUCUUCAUCAAACAUGAUGUAUGUGGUCUUCGUCGUGGACAAGUCGGGGAGCAUAGCACAAUCAGAUUUUGAUACGGCUAUUGAUUUUCUUAAAGAUAUCGUCAACGCACUGACCAUUGGUACAGGGGAUGUCCAAGUAUCUGUGGUCAGUUUCUCCAAUACCACCGAUGAAGAAUUUGAUCUUGACGACUACACGGACAAGACCAACCUUGUUACAGCAAUUGAUGGGUUGAAGUCGUCCAUAACGACUACUGGAGGUACUUUUACCAACGAGGCUCUAGACUAUGUUCAGAGUACUUCAUUCACUAAUGCGAAGGGAGUAAGGACGGACGCUGAUCCUAUAGUCGUUGUUAUGACCGACGGUCUCUCCCAGAAUACAGCACUAACCAAAACAGCUGCUGACACUAUCCGGAGUUCUAUAACCGGAAGUAUCAUAUAUGCGAUAGGUAUAGGAUCUGACCUUAGCUCCACCACACAGGACCUGUUGUAUAUUGCCAGUGACCCGGAUUCUGACAAUGUUCUGUAUUCCUGUGCCUAUUCUCAUGUGCUUACAUUUGUCUGGGUGCAUUUUGAGAAGCCAUGUAUCGAUCCAGUUGCACAUAUUGUGUAG